AUGAGCUUUCAGAGGAUCCGAGAAGAGUAUGAGAGAAAGUUGGCUGACAUGAGAAAUGAAUUCCGCAAAUUGCAAAUGGUCGAAAGAGAACAUAAACGAAUGCAGGCCAGGCAAGAACGUGAACGCCAAGAAUUGAUGCGAUAUCAAGCUGAACUUAAGGAGUUGAAACGAGUGAAGCCGUCUUUAACAUUAGAAGCCGCAUUUGUAUUUUGUAGGGUAGUUUGUCGUGGUUGUUACUGCUGACGUCGUGAUAACAUCAUCCGUCAGCUGGAGAAUAAGGAUCGACAGCGUGAACAGUUUAUGAAACGAACCACUGAAGAAAUCAAUCGAUUGCGUAAAGCUCAAAAAGAACAAGCCAAACAGACUCGCCUUGCUGCAACACCGAAGAUGACACCAAUACGAUCAACACCGUAUCGUACCGCUCGUACACCAGGUGUCCGCGGGCAACCACCUCCUGAAGCCACCUACUCUCCCAAACAGGCCAAGAUGAAAUGGACAUUCAUUGAG